UUGAUUGCAGAACGUCAGUGAGCAACCACAGAGCAACCGAACAACAGCUCCUACAAGAAACUUCAUAUGAAAAGAGCACAAGUGUUACCUCGAGCUGGGAAUUUUCCGGACUUAACAAGGGUUGAAAGUUUGAAGAUAUAAAAGUAAAUCAAGUGUGAGAGAAGAGCAACAUGAAGGUGCAGUCUACGUCUCCUAUUGUGGUGGUAGCCAACAGGCUGCCCUUCUGCCUUGGCACUAACCCAGAAACUGGACAGCUGGUCAGGAAGCAAUGUGCUGGUGGUCUGGUGACAGCUGUAGCGCCUGUGGUGGUGGAGACGCAAGGGCUGUGGGUAGGCUGGUCUGGCCUCCACCUCGAGGAUAAUAAUGUUGCCAUUCCUGAAGCUGACCCAAACGACCAGACUCCUACUGCUGGUCUCAAGAGCAAUCAGGUGCUGCCUGUUAAUGUCCCCAAGAAGCUGUUUGAUGACUACUACAAUGGCUGCUGCAAUGCCACCUUCUGGCCACUCUUCCACUCUAUGCCUGACCGUGCAACCUUCCAGGCAGAUAAAUGGGAUGCAUACCGGCAAAUGAAUGCAGAGUUUGCCCGGCUGACAGUGGAGGCAGUGAAACGCCUGUCAGAGACCCACCCUGGGGAGGUGCCUCUAGUAUGGCUGCACGACUACCACAUGAUGCUGGCUGCUAACACCAUCCGUGAGAAGUGUGAUGAGCUCAACCUGCCCAUCAAGAUGGCAUUCUUCCUCCAUAUUCCCUUCCCAUCAUGGGACAUUGUGCGUCUCUUCCCUUGGGAUGAUGAACUGCUACAAGGUAUCUUGGGAUGUGACUCUAUCGGCUUUCACAUUGAAGAUUACUGUCUCAAUUUCAUCGACUGUUGUCAACGACGUCUCGGCUGCCGUGUUGACCGACAGCAAAUGUUGGUUGAGCACAACUCUCGGACAGUGUCUAUCAAUCCUCUGCCCAUCAGUAUCCCUUAUGAGCGCUUUGUGCAGCUGGCAGAGAAGGCACCUCAAGUGGUAAAGAACAAUCUUCAUGAACAACUGCUCUUGGCAGUAGACCGUCUUGAUUAUACCAAGGGUCUUGUUCAUCGCAUCAAAGCCUUUGAAACCCUACUCCAGAAACACCCAGAGCAAAUAGAGCAUGUAACCUUCCUCCAGGUUGCUGUGCCAUCUCGCACAGAUGUGAAGGAAUACCAGGAGCUGAAGGAAGAACUGGACCAAAUAAUUGGUCGUAUCAAUGGCCGAUUUUCUACCCCAAAUUGGUCUCCUAUACGUUAUAUCUAUGGAUGUGUUUCACAGGACCAGCUUGCUGCCUUUUACCGUGAUGCCUCUGUGGCAGUUGUUACGCCUUUAAGGGAUGGCAUGAAUCUUGUUGCUAAAGAAUUUGUUGCUUGCCAGACGGGCGAGCCAGGAGUCCUUAUUCUUUCUCCAUUUGCUGGUGCUGGUACCUCAAUGCAUGAGGCUCUUCACGUUAAUCCUUAUGAGACCAAUGAAUUUGCGGACACUAUAUACCGAGCACUCACCAUGCCCAAGGAUGAGCGUGAAUUGCGAAUGAAGCUGCUGCGUCGUCGUGAACGGGAAUAUGACGUUAAUUUUUGGCUAAGAUCUUUCCUCAAGACUGUUGACUGUCUCAAUGAUGAUAACAAGUCCAUGGCACCAGGCCGCCUACUUCCAAUGCGAGAAGAAGAUUUUAGUGAAUUUUUGGGUUUAUACGUAACAGAGUCGUCACGUCUGGCUCUCCUGAUGGACUAUGAUGGAACUCUGGCACCCAUCGCUCCCCAUCCUGACCUUGCUCAAAUGCCCACAGAAACACGUCGUGUCCUGGAACGCUUGGCACACAUGCCAGAUGUAAACAUAGCCAUCAUCUCGGGCCGGUCCUUAGAAAAUGUGAAAUCAAUGGUGGGUAUUGAGGGCAUAACAUAUGCUGGUAAUCAUGGGUUUGAGAUCCUACACCCAGACGGUACCAUGUUCAUGCACCCCAUACCUCACGAAUAUGAGGUGCAGCUGGAGGCCCUUAAGCAACGUCUUGAAGAGAUAUGUAUAGAUGGUGCAUGGGUUGAAAGCAAAGGCACAGGCAUCACUUUUCAUUAUCGUGAGGUUACAGGAGACAGAGUGGCAGAUAUCACAGCACGAGCACAGCAGAUGUUUAAGGAGAUUGGUAUCACCAUACACCAGUCACAUUGUGCCUAUGAGGCCCGCCCCCCAGUGACCUGGAACAAAGGUCGUGCUUCUAUAUACAUUCUCCGCACGCUCUUUGGGCUAGAUUGGUGUGACCGUGUAUCAACAAUCUUUGCUGGUGAUGACAAGACAGAUGAAGAUGCCAUGAAAGCAUUGCAGGGCAUGGCUGUCACCUUCAGAGUAACAAGAUCUCAGAACCUACGAACAGCAGCUAUGCAUCGCCUGCCCUCAACAGAUGCUGUUCUCACUAUGCUCAAGUGGAUUGAGAGAAGAUUAGGGUCUCGGGUGCCUAUAUGCAAUGGUCAAAGAUCAAGAACGGCGAGUGUGUCUAGCAAUGGAAACCGAUCUCCGCCACGCUCUCCAUCCACCCCUCAUAUUCGCUCUCGCGCUAACUCUAAUUCUGAGCCCAAUAAGCAGAUGAUGACGAUAAAUGACAAGAUAUAUCAUCAGUAUAUUGCCAAGAGGGCUUCUCCUCCCAGGAGCUCGAGUACGUCACCACCACACUCUCCAACACGAUCCACCAUGUGAACCUUGUACCUGACACACCUGUCAUGUAUUUAUUGUUCUGGCGCUUGAUCCCGCCCACUCGUGGCAGGUACCAGGGAGACAACAGCCUUGGGUGUCACCAGUUGUUGUUUUUUAAGUAGGCCAGGAAUAUGGCCUUUGCCCUGGACCAUUGCAACGUGACUCGCAACUCUGGGACAAUGUACAAAUGUUUGCCCUUAUGGGCACGCUUUUUAUAUAACUUUCUAUUUGAUAUUUUAAAUUUUUGAUAAAAGUGUCAUACUUUUUUAUCAAAUGUACACAAAUAGUUUGCAAUAUAUAUAUAUUCACUAGAAAUGACCAUUACUGAAAUUAAGUUGUACCAUAACUUAUCACUUUUAUACUGUAAGCAAUUGAUUGCCUGUGGCAACACGGCCUAUUGUGUAGGACGUCUUUUGCAACAAUAAUUAUUUGUAACAUAUAUUGUGAAGAAUGACUGCUGAGUGUGAUGACUAAGGCCUAGAGCCAACUACAUAUUUACAUAUGUUUCCUGUGAUACUCUGGUGUUUUACUUCAUAAAUUGAGCUAAACACUGAUAUGUGUGACUUUUUUAUAGGGUUUAAACAUGCCUUCAUAACUCUUUAGUAAAAGUCAAAGUAAGUCUUA